AUGGAUCCGAAUCCAACCACGAUGUGGAGCUCCAUAGUGAAGAAAGAGCCUCCUUCAAAACCUCCGGCUACCGAUGGAGCUCCGGCAGCGAUUCUCGAAAUGGUUGGAAGCUGCAAAUCCACAAAGGGUAUAUCUGUGGCGGUUAUUGACACCAACGCCGUCAUUAACGGAUGCUUAACCAACUUCGCCGACAAAUUCGUAACCGUCCGUAAAGUACUCUCCGAGAUUCGUGACCGUGUUUCUCGCCGUCGUCUCGCCUUACUGCCCUUCACUAUCGAAACCAUGGAACCUUCUCCUGAAUCUCUCAGAAAAGUUAUAGAAUUUGCUCGAGCUACUGGUGAUUUGCGGACUCUCAAAGAUACUGAUCUCGAACUGAUUGCUUUGACAUAUAUGCUCGAGGCUCAGGUUCAUGGCACAACAAAUCUCAGAGAUAUUCCUCCACCGAUUCAAACUGUUAGGGUGAAGAGAUUACCUGAGAAGGAGUUGCCUGGUUGGGGCUCAAAUGUGGCUAACUUGGAGGAGUGGGAAGCAUUAGAUAGAGAGACUGAGGGAAAAUCGAACUCCAACUCCAAAAUCCUUCUGCUUAAAGACCUUAACAUGAAUAUUCUUCCUGAGGCCAAGUAUCAAGAAGAGGAUGAGCAAGAAGGUGAGAGGAGGCAGAAGCGAUACCCGCCCAAGAAAACAGAGUUGAAGCUUGAGGAAAUUCAGCAAGAUCAAGAAGCUGACAAAGCUCGUAACUUGACACAGGACACAACUGAUCACAUGUCUAAAGACGCUAAUGAAAAGUAUGCAACGAAUGAUGAGGAGUUUUCGUCCAUCUUAAAAGAUAUGAGGUUGGAGGAAGAAUCACUCCAGGAAGAGACGAAUGCUUGUAUAACCGCUGACUAUGCAAUGCAAAAUGUUAUUCUUGAAAUGGGUUUGCGCUUGGUUGCACCCGGAGGUAUGCAAAUCGACCAACUAAAGAGGUGGAUCUUGCAGUGCCAUGCUUGCAACACAGUAACUCCUGAAAAUUUAAGAGUCUUCUGUCCCAAGUGCGGUAAUGGCGGCACUUUAUGCAAGGUAGAGGUUACAAUAGGCGAGAAUGGCACCAUCAUAGCUGUGCGUAAACCACGUGUUACACUACGAGGGACCAAAUUUUCGAUACCAAUGCCUAAAAGUGGAAGAGACGCAAUCACCAAGAAUAUGGUUCUACGGGAAGAUCAACUUCCUCAAAAGUAUCUCCAUCCCAAGACCAAGAAGAAAGCAAGCAAACCGGGUGAUGAGAGCUUCAUAUCAGACGAUUUGUUCAUGAACCAUCACAAUGAUAGAAAUGCACCAUUGCAGCCUCCUGUUAGAGAAGCUAUGACGAUUUUCAGCCAGAAACGGAACCCUAACGACAACCAUUACUCUCGCUCUAUGCACUGA